AGAAAUUUGGCCAACGUUGUGGCGCAUUGUACGUUCGAGAGCGGCGUGCGAAAACGCUGAAUCGGGACGGUCGCUGUAUCAAAAAUACGUCUGAUAUAGGAAAUCGAAAAUCUUAAGUGUGUACUGAAAGCUGAUGAAAUAAUAUUGCGCUCGGUGGCUCCACAAUGAAUCAAUUUCCUUUUGCUAGAAGCCGCGAUCCCUACCACCAGGCGGGAGCGCAGAUGCGGAAAAACUCCGGCAACACCGCUGCAGGAAAGCCUCGGCCCAGGCCGUCCGCAAAGCAGAAGGCCCCGGAUGAUACCGCAGAGGCCGCAACCGCAGGCACUUCUCCCGCCCUGAAGAAGCGAAGAAAGCACGCCGACCCGGGCGCGUCUUCGGGUGCAAACGCGGAUUCGAAGAAAGAGGAAGCCACUAACAAAAAGAAGAAAAAUCCUGCGGCAGAGAAAGUGAAGGCGCAAAUCACGAGGCAGCAGCUCUCGAAGAAGGAAAAACUCCUGUGGGAGAAGCAUCAGGCGCAAAUUGCUUUCGGCCCGACCGCCAUGGAGCAAGUUUUCAGUGGCGAGAAGACCGUAACGGAUUACGGUCUGCGCAAGCAGGACCUGAUGCAGGACCCGGAAACGGGGCGGAUCGUCUCGAAGAAGCAGUACCAGGCCCGCAUCAAGCGAUGGCACACGCCGGCAAAUGCCGACGGAAGCGUGAAUCGCAAUUUUCACUGGAGUAAGGCGUUUGCGAAAGCGCGAGCGGAGCACGCGGGGGGCAAGAAGGCGACGCCGGAUGGUACAGAGCAGAAACUCGCCGCGGAAGUAGACGAGGGAUUUGCGGCUGCACAACAGGAAAACAUGGCGCAGCUGCGAAGCGGUGUCGAGCCCUCGCGAGGUGGAAAAAAAUCCCCAAUGAAAGCCUCUGCAUCUUCUUCACCGAACAGUGUGGAGCAGGGCAGGAUAAAAUCGGUGAACGUGUUUGCGUUGACGAAGCCCGAGCGGACUGGGCUGUUUGACCGCACGCGGGAGCUGUACACGAACUCGGUUGCAGAAAGCGAGGCCGAUCACCGGAUGCAGGAGCUGGCGAAACGCUGGACCAGCAAUUUGCUGAGGGAAGACGACAGCGGGCUGGACGUUUUGUGGUCUCACGGCGCCACGCUGGCGGGAGAGCGGGAGCAAGUUGCCAAUCAAGACCAAGAUGCGACGGCGGGACAAAGCGUACACGGCGGGAAAAAUGAUCCGGUGCACGAGGAAAAGGUGGAUUCGGAAAGCAACGCUUCGACUUCCUUGCUUGUACAGUUUUUGCGCCACUGCUUUUCGCGUGACGACGGUUCGAUUGCGCCGGAGCAGCAAACCGACGUAGAUGAGCGAAGCGGCCUUCAUCCACCGGGGCCCCGAAAAGACAAUGGGUCAGAGGGGAGCAGCUUUGCAGAAAAUGCGAAGAACGACGCGAUCAGCCCGCAGAAGUACUGUGCAGUUUUGCAACAAGAAACUACUCCUGUUAUGCCCCCCGCGCCGGAAACCGCUGGAGCAUCACCAAGAGCAGACGCAGCUACAGCCGCAUCUCCAGCCGAUUGCAGUUCCGGCCUUGGUAUCGAGCCCGUCGCUGCUGGUGAGCCAAACACCGCGGAUUUUGACACUCCCGCAAUCGCAUUUGCAAAUGAAGUUGGGUCACCUGCUGCACAAAAUUCCCUAGAUGAAGGCGAUAGAAGAAGCAACCCGCCCGAGGAAAGGAAAAGCACAGGCUCAGUGUCAGGUUUACGUGCAUUGGGCGAGUGUUCAGAAGACACGGCGAGAACAGCGUGGCACAAGUACUUUGCUCCGGAACUAGUGAAAAACGACGAUGGUGAAGCUGCGCUGACGCCCGUGUCGGUGAAGAGCCUUUGGGACGAGAUGACGCAGCACUUCGUGCGUUCAACAUUGGUUUAUCAAAUGUAAAAAUGUCUGGGUCUGGAAACUUGUGAUGCUGGGUAGCGUAUCAUGAGGAGGCUACAAGUGCUGGCUCAGCAUGACAAGCUUCUGAGCUUCUAGGUGUUGUCUAUUCUGCAUGACAAACUGCGUUUUCGCAUGACAGAAAAAUGCGGCUCUUGGGUAAUGUGCAUGACAAAUUUAAGAGUCAUGUGCAUUCUUCCAGACCCAGACAUUUUUGCACUUGAUAUGGUUCGGGAAUUCGCAAAGAAAGAGGAUCUUGCGCCGCUGAAGCAGGUGGUGCCGCGGAUGCAAUGCGCUACGUCUUCUGUACGACCGACGACUGCAGCGUCUUCGGAGCGCCGGAUGACCCCGGAGGAGGAAGACGUGUUUCUGCGGGAGUGUCGUGAGGCGUUGAAAGUGUGUGGGAAUCCAGCACUGGCAGCGAAAUAUUCCGGAACUUUGCCGCUGCUGGCGCAGAAUGGUGAAGCCGUCCCACGAGGCGACGCACCGGAACAGCCACAGCUGCCUGAACCUGCGAGAUCGCAGCAGUUCGCGAAAAAAGAAAAUAAGAAGGAGAAAAAACCUAUGCCGGAAGCGGUGAAAGAGAAGCUGCGCAAGCACAAGCAAGAACAGCGGGAAAAGAAACUGCAGGGGGAAGAGCCAGUGCGAAUAAAUAAGAAGGCAAAGGUAGACAAGAAUGCUGAGCAGGAUAGCGGAGACUACUACUCCUGGUACGACUACAAUUACGAUGAUGCCCUCGACGGUUACAAUUGGAUGGAGCUUGACUACGACAACUAUGGGUCAUACGCGGACAAAGACGGAUGGCCAGCAUUCCCGGAGUAUAACUCGUCCGCUUCUGCGUCGGUGUCACACUCGAAGUCGGCAUCACGAAAGAAAAACGACAAGAAAAGCAAGAAGCUGCCACGCCGGGCCAAGGACAAAGCGAAGACGGAGAUGAAGCAUAGCCAGAACUUGAAGAUGAAAGAAAGCGGCCGCAAGAAGGGGCCUUUGCCAAGAGAGAUGAAGGAUUUUGAGAGUCUGCAACAAAAAGAAGACGGUGCGACUAAAGACGACGCGGACCAUGGCCCAAAGCGAAAACCGCCGGAGCUGCGGCAGAACGUGGCAUCGUACGGAGGGCCGGAGUGCUUUGUGUUCGAGGAUGAUGACAUCAGUUCGGGCUCUUGGUCCGAAAUUACUGACGGCGAAAUGGAGCGGCUAGACGCGUACCUUCGCGAAGAGGAGGAGGAACAGAAAAGACUAGCAGCGCCAAAGGAGUAAGUAGUCACAUUCACUUGAUGCGGAUGGGAAUCACACCAAUGCCGCUUCCAAAAAUGAAACAGGCAAGAACUUUGAGAAGCGCAAUGGCCACGUUGUACUCAUGUGCGACAUGCAGUAGAUUUGCAAUGCACCAAGGAUGCUGCAUGGACAGCGCCUGGCUCAUUCUUCAGUGCCUGUCUCCUUUUGGUCAGAGCAGUUGAGCGUAGGUUUCUGUAUAGAUACUCACUUCAUGUGAACAAAAACCCGCUGUAUAGAUACUCACUUCAUGUGAACAGAGGUUAGGUUUCAUCUAGUAGCUUCUAGCUCUGUUACCGCCGACCCAGAGCCAUAGGAAGAUAGCGACCUGCCACCUACCCUCGUGAAGCGUGAAAAGCCCGCUCUUGAGCUUGAAACUAGUCCCCUUGAGGUUCAUGUUGAUGCUUGUACAUUGUUCAAUCCCCCUGUAAUUUUUGGUGCUACUAAAAUCGUAGGCGCUCUGUCUACGGCGCAGGGAAGAAAAGUGAGGUUUUCCCUCGAGAUGCACUAGUGAUCCUGGCGCUCUCCUUUCCAGCUUCUCUGUUCUUAGUGACACGGUUUCGAGGCGCAGUGCAUUUCUUUUCGCGUUUUUUUGUCGCGGGUUUUCCACUCACAUGUCAUCGUCGAUCGUCUUGCAGCAGGAGCAGAAUAUUAAUGUUUCGUUUUC